AUGAAUGAUGAACUCCGACAGGUGUUGAACGUGUGGGAACGCACUCGCCCCAACAGCCCUAUCUAUGAGUUUCUUCUGAGUGAGGUAGAGAUUUAUGAUGCCGAAAAGGGCGUCGUCCGGGCUCGACUACGAGUAGGCCCUCGUCAACUCAACUCAAAGGGCAGCUUACACGGUGCUUUUUCUGCUUCCGUGACGGAUUGGGCUGGAGGAAUGGCCAUUGCCUCUUACGGAUUGGACUCCACGGGUGUUAGCACGGAUAUUCACGUCAACUUCCUGUCUGGGGCCAAAGAUGGCGACUGGAUCGAGAUCGAAGGUCGGGCCAACAAGGUCGGCAAGUCACUCGCAUUUACCACGGUGACGAUCUCUAAAAGGACAGACUCUGGGUUGACCCUUGUCGCCCAGGGAUCUCACACCAAAUACGUACGGACACGAUGA